AUGUUUACGGCACUUUACAUCCGACACGCAAAGUUAAGUCCCGUUCAAAAACUUUUUCACUUGCGUGCUCGGACAAAGGAUCAUGCCUUAAGCAUAGUCUCUAAAUUUGAGAUUACAGAUGAUAAUUUCGAGGCUGCGUGGGCAGCUCUCAAAGAAUACUAUGAAAACAAAAGAGUUUUAGUGAAUAAUCAUCUAAGUGUUUUGCUGGGUCAGUCACGCAUAACGGUUGAAUCGGCAGCUGCAUUAAAGGAAUUGCAGAGCAAUAUUAAUGAAGCGAUUAUAGCUUUAGGUUCGUAUAGUAUAGAGGUGAAAAAGUGGGAUGCACUGAUAACCUACGUGUGUGCGACUCGUCUUCCGCCACAAACUUUAUCCCUUUGGGAAGAAUCCCUUGAAAAUCCAAUGGAAAUUCAAUCAUGGGAAAAAAUGAACAGCUUUCUCACAAAUAGGUACAGGGUUCUAGAUAACGUUUCGGAUAUGCACAAAGAAAAUAAAUUAUCAAAAGUUUCGGUUUCUAAACAGCAGCCUACAGGUACUAUUCCUCGUGUUCGUACUCAUCACGCUCAAGUGAAUUCGCAAUGUAAGGUUUGCAAAGGGGCUCAUGCACUACGUGUUUGCCCAGAUUUUUUGAAAAUGAGCGUUUCUCAAAGGAGAAACACCAUUAGAAAAUUUAAAUACUGCUACAAUUGUUUAGCUUUUAAUCACUUGGCACCAGCUUGCCAAAGUGAGAGUACGUGCUUUCACUGUAAAGGGAAGCAUCACUCGCUCCUGCAUUUUGACAAAGUUUCUCCGGGGAGUUUUACUCCAAAUGUACAGUCCACUCAAUCAACUUCAGCUCCAAGUCAAAAUGUCCAACAAUCAUUCGUUAAUACUAACUCCGGUGUUCAGUAUACUGUACCAAAGGACAGUUUAAAAGCUCAGUUUUCAAAUACAGAGGAAAACGCUAGUGUUUCUGCCAAAGUAUUCUUUGCAAAAACUCAACACGUAGCUCUUUUAGCUACAGCAAUAAUUCGAAUUCAUCAAAAUCAAACUGAUUUUGAGUGGCGGGCGCUUAUUGAUCCGGGUUCGGAAAUCUCAUUUAUUUCCGAAGAAGUUCAAAGAAGCUUGAAGUUGCCCGUUCGAUCGGUGAGAGCAACGGUUGCAGGCGUUAAUUCUUCGGUAACGGCAACUUCAUCCAAAAUGUGUUCCUUCACUCUGAGAUCGAAAUUCGAUAAACAAUUUUCACUUUUCGCUCAGGCACUUGUCCUCAAAACGGUUGCAGACAGUUUGCCUUCCAUAUCCGUAGAGUUGGAAAAUGCUCAAACAUUGUUCGACUUUCCCUUAGCUGAUCCGUGUUUCAAUCAAUGUGCCAAGAUUGAUGUAUUGAUUGGUGCAGAUUUAUAUCCGUUUAUUAUUCGGGAUGGAUUAAAACCCAAUGUGUUUCAGAGUAUUAUGGCUCAAAACACAGUUUUCGGAUGGGUAUUGCUUGGCCCGUUAAAAAAAUCCAGCUCUCAAUAUAAUUCUCAGUGUUCUCGAUCUUUGUCUUUUUACAAUGAAAUAUCGUUGGAUGAGGAGAUCCAAAAAUUUUGGCAGAUUGAAGAGCUUCCACAAAACCAAAUGUUAACAGCCGCAGAACAAUACUGUGAGAAUCUUUUUGAAGAAACCACGUACAGAGAUAAGACGGGUCGGUAUGUGGUAAGACUACCGUUCAAGGACGAUUCUCUUCACAAUACAAGGUUAGGGAAUUCACAUGAAAUUACAAAACGACAAUUUCUUAGAAAUGAAAAGAGGCUUUUAUUUAACCCUACAUUAAAAAAUGAGUAUGAUUCGGUGUUGUCGGAAUAUAUUGACUUGGGGCAUAUGAAGCCAAGUGAUUCGGCGGAUACAUUUGUUGAAAAGGGGGCAUCAUAUGUUAUGCCACAUCAUGCAGUUAUAAAACCGGAAAGCCUGACAACAAAGGUUCGCGUUGUUUUCAACGCAUCGCUUGCCUCUUCAAACGGGAAGAGCUUAAACGACAUUUUAUAUCCAGGUCCGGCACUCCAAACAGAUAUUACGCUCUUAAUGUUAAAUUGGCAGCUUUAUAAGUUCGUUUUCAACAGUGAUGUCGAGAAAAUGUAUCGGCAGAUAAAAAUAUACCCUGAUCAAACUCCUUUUCAAAAAAUUUUGUUUCGCGAAAAUCCGAAAGAUCCUCUUACCGUUUUCGAAAUGUUGACGCUCACAUUUGGCGUUUCGUGUUCGCCAUAUUUAGCAAUUCGUUCAUUGCACCAGUUAGCCAGAGAAGUAGAAAAAUCUCAUCCAUUAGCUGCUAAUAUUCUUCUUCGUGAACUGUUUGUUGACGAUGUCCUAUCGGGAGCCCAUGAUAUUCCCACGGCGUUAAAGGCACAGUCAGAAUUAAUUACGGUUUUACAAUCAGCUGGUUUUAAUUUACGGAAGUGGACCUCAAAUAGGAAAGAGUUGCUGAGAUCGCUACCCAAAAGUUCGCUUCUUAACGAAGAUUUCUUAAACAUCGAUGAUAAAAGUUCUGUGAAAAUGCUUGGCAUAAAAUGGAAGGCUACUUUAGAUACAUUUUCAUUUUCGGUUCAAUCAGUUCCACAGUCAAAUCCUAUCACGAAACGUUCAGUGCUAUCAGUGAUUGCUAAAUUGUAUGAUCCCAUAGGGUGGUUGGCCCCUAUUGUGAUCACUGCGAAAAUACUAAUGCAGCAAAUUUGGAAGGAUAAGACUGAGUGGGAUAGUGGACUUUUUCCUGACACUGAACAGAGGUGGAAAGUAUUUGUGGCAAGUUUACCAGAAAUUGCAAAGAUACGUAUCCCACGAUGGGUGGAAUACACUCCGCAAGCUGUUUCACAGCUACACGGAUUCUGUGACGCUUCGGAAAAAGCCUAUGCGGCAUGUAUUUACUUACGGGUGCAACACCGUGAUAAGGUGACCUCCCAUCUUUUGUGGGCGAAAUCAAAGGUAUCGCCAGUAAAUACUAUAUCGUUACCCAGGUUGGAGUUGCAAGUCAAUUUGUGGACAGAUUCCACAAUCGUAUUAGCCUGGCUUCAAAAACCACCUAGUACAUGGAAAACAUUUUUGGCCAAUAGAACGGCAGAAAUUUUAAAAAAUACAGUGGCAACGGAGUGGUCGCAUGUAAUUUCGUGCGAAAAUCCAGCUGAUCUAGCCUCAAGAGGAGUAUCCCCUGUUGAUUUAAAAGAUAGUUCUUUAUGGUGGAAUGGUCCCCACUGGUUGUUGAAACCUCAAUUAAUAUGGCCACGAUCGAAGCGUGAACCAGUUGACGAGUCAAUUUUAGAAUUGAAAAAGGUACAGUUAUUCAAUAACCAAGUUGUACAGGAUUUUGAAGAAGAUUUAGCAAAGUUUUCCAACUGGCACAAGGUUUUAUGUGUAGUCGCCUAUAUUGAGAGAUUUUAUCACUCCUUUAUUAAGCGUGGAAAUAAAAAGUACUCAUCGCCGGAACUUUCGUAUGAGGAAAGUAAUUUAGCCAAACAGACGUUAAUAGUACUCACACAAAAAAAAUAUUUUCAGAAAGAAUAUUGCGAUUUGGUACAAGGAAAACAAUUAGCUUCAAAAAGUUGGUUAGGGAAGUUCAAUCCCAUUAUUGAUGACAAGGGUGUCAUGCGUGCAAAUGGUAGAUUAGCUUUGUCAACUUUGUCGUAUAACGAAAAAUUCCCGAUACUUCUUCCGUCAAAAUGUCUCUUCGUUCAGCUGUAUGUACAAUAUGUACAUGAGCUUUCACUACAUGGUGAAAUUCAGCUCAUGAUGCGCAUGAUAAGAUCCGAAUAUUGGAUACCCCAAAUUAAGAACCUUGUUAAAAAAUGUAUUAUAAAAUGCCCAGUAUGUAUUCGAUACAAAAAACACGUUCAAACCCAAUUGAUGGGUGCAUUACCCGAAGAAAGAACGGUAAUAGGUCGACCUUUUACAAAUACGGGAGUGGAUUUUGCCGGUCCAUUUCUUAUUAAGACGUAUUAUGGUCGAAAAUGCCGUUUUGACAAAGGGUACGUAUGUAUCUUUGUUUGUUUCGCUACCCGUGCUAUACACUUAGAACUUGUUAGUGAUUUAACAACCCAAGCAUUCCUUGCGUCAUUUACGCGGUUUAUUUCUCGUCGAGGAACUCCAGAACAAAUGUUUUCAGACCAUGGCACUAACUUCGUGGGUGCUUCUAAAGUGCUUUUAUCUGACUUCCACAAAUCACUUGUACAUAGUCCUACCGCAGCCGCUCACAACUUUUCGAAGGUAAAAUGGAAUUUUAUUCCUCCCGGUUCACCUCAUAUGGGUGGGUUGUGGGAAGCGGGAGUCAAAAGUUUUAAAAGACAUUUUCGAAAAUUAGCGGGUAAUGAAAAAUUCACCUUUGAAGAAUUCACCACUUUACUCGCUCGAAUUGAGUGUACUUUAAAUUCACGACCAUUGUCACCGAUGUCUGAAAACGUGUCAGAUAUUGUUCCUCUGACUCCUGGUCAUUUCCUCACCGGAGGAAUGUUAAUAGGUUUGCCAGAACCAUCUUAUAUAGAUCAAUCACUAAGUAUCAUGAAUCGGUGGAGAAAAUUGCAAAUUCUGCAUCAUCAAUUAAGCGCUCGUUGGAAAGAAGAAUAUUUGAAAGAGCUCCAUAAGCGUUAUAAAUGGAAAUAUCCUGAAAGAAAUAUUCAAAUCGAUGAUCUCGUUAUCAUUCGUAGUGAGAAUUUGCCACCCAACGAGUGGCGCCUUGGGAGAGUCAUCAAUGUGCACGCCGGACAUGAUAACAAAAUUCGGGUCGCGGAAGUUCGAUCCGAAAAGGGAAUCGUCACUCGUUCGAUUGCCAAACUUUGUAUCCUUCUUCCUCAGAAGUAA